GCUUUCAUGUCCUUCAAAAUCUAAGAUGCUUAAAGAAGAUGAGAGAUCGUAUCAAAGAAGUGCCUGAGGUGACGAAAAGGUAUCACAUCAAUUUCAAGACAAGUUCUUGCAGGAAAUCAGUGUAAACUUGAACAAUGGAAGAACAAGAUAAAGAAGUCAUUCGACACAUGUAUGUAAGAUUGGAAAAAAAUCUAGAAGCGAUAUCACUCUUGAGUUACUUGUACCAAGAACACGUACUGAGUGAAGAAGAUCUGGACAAAAUUAAAGCAAAGAGGACAUCAAAAAAGAAAGCUGAAAAACUGCUCAAAAUAUUGAAAAAAAGAAAGAAUGGAUUGAAGAUGUUGAUCAAGGCUUUGCUUGUGACUGAGAUUCAGGCAUUCUUGGGUCAUGAACUACUGGAGAGAGUGACUUGGAGUGAACAAGAGGUUGAAAACCUGAAACUCGAGGUAGAGGGAAAAGUUAACCCCUGUGCAGCCAUGGAGCUUCAAGUGGCAGCUUUGCAACAGAAGAUUAAUCGAUUGGUAGAUACGCAAGAAAAAAUGAAAAAUGACUAUGAAAAAACAAUCCAUGAAUUGAAUGAAAAAGUACUAACACUUCAAAUGAAGCUGGAUGAACAAACGAGCCCUAGCCCUUCUAGACAGCCGUCAUCCCGUGGUCACACCARCACUAGCUUGUUUUCCUGGCCCAGAUUAACAACGUCUAAACACCCAGCAUAACUGGUUUUACUGGACUGACGAGUAGUAUAGUAGUAGUAUAGUAACUCAUCUCACCUUACCCUUGUCCGUGCUAAUGACGGUUCAUUUCACUGCGCAACRAGAAAUGGGAAUGAAAUGAAUCCCGUAAUGUGACUAUUUUUAAAAUUGUAUAACAAUUAAUCUAUAGUGUCGUUAUGCCCCCUACCUGUUCAAGAGGAGUGGGCGAGUGUACCUUUCUACUCCUAAAUGCGUCACUAGUGCUGACACAUCAUUUCUGAUAUCCGACAUACACAGUCCUGAGCGAGUAAAGAGAAACAAAUGCCUUCUCGGGGUACAGUCUGAAUAAGUAACUGCUGUCAUAAAGGUACGGAAGCUAAGAUAUAUAGUGUACGUCAAAAGUUAGUCAAAUAUUUCAUGAAUUUCCUAUAGAUAUUUUAUCAUUGUGCUCUAGCAGCUUACCAUAAUUACUGGCACAGAUUGGUAGAACAACCCUUCCUUACUAUAAUCACUUGUAAUCAACAGUAGAGUAAACAGACAAAUAAACAGCAAGUCCUAGAAGGUA